AUGGGCGCGCAGCUGCCGAAAGCUGUUGAAUCAACAGUGGUUGAAUCCCAAUGUUCAGGGGAGUUUGAUGUCGCCGUGGCUGAAAUGAACGGCUGGCGUACCAGCAUGGAGGACGCGCAUUUGAUCAUGCUCGGUGAGGGCUGGGGGGUCUUCGGCGUUUUUGACGGACAUGGUGGAGGUGCUUGUUCGGAGUUCGCUGCAAGAAGGCUGCGGGAGGAAAUUGAAGCCAAUGGAUGCCCUGACAGCGACGAGGCAGUUAAAAAAUUGUUCAUCAAGAUUGACCAGGAAUUUCUGGACUCAGCGCAGAGCAGUGGCACAACUGCCACUAUGUGCAUCGUGCGAAAGCCCAAAGAAGCAGGUGGAAAGCAUCGGCUUCACGUGAUCAAUGCUGGCGACAGCCGGACACUGCUAGGCAAGCGUGAUGGCAGCAUAGUGGACGGUGGUGGCACGGACAAAGGAUUAACCACGGAUCACAAGCCUGACCACCCAGCGGAGAAGGCGCGCAUUGAGCGGUGUGGUGGCAAGGUUGAGAUUGCAGAUGGCGGCGUGGCACGUGUCAAUGGCAACCUGUCGGUGAGCCGAGGCUUCGGAGACAAGGACGAGAAGAUGACGGGUGGACCUGGCCCGGAGGAUCGUCCGGUGACCGUGGACCCGGAGAUGUCGCACUUCGAGUGUGAUGAGUCCGAUUUUCUCCUGCUGGUCUGCGACGGUGUCUCAGAAGGAACCUUCCCAAAUGCGGAGGUUGUCAAGCUGGUCGCGUCCACGCUUGGGUCCGGGAAGGACAUGAGGGAGGCUGCAAGAGCCGUUUGCCACAAAGCGGUGGAAUGCGACUCUAAAGACAACAUCACCUGUAUGGGUGUCUUGCUGACCGGUGGCAGCUCGUCCUCGGGCAAGCGCAUCGACUUCCACCCCGGGCCUAUGUCUCAAAUAGGGCACAAGGACUUCCGGGCUGCUUACGAAGCAUCUGCGCAGCGUGCCGGACUGUCCCUAGUCGAGGCAGUUAUGCAGCGCUACGACCUCGUCUCGGAUCAGCUGAAGGUUGCCCCAUCCGACGCCCUCAGGGCCGAGUUGGAUAAGAUUGGGCUCAAUCCCCCGACCGAUGGCAGGAGAGAGUGGUUUGAAAAGAAGCUCGGCGCGCUGCCGGACGAGAAGGACUCCUCCGGCCCAGGUGGCAUGAACAUCGAGGAGCUCAAGAACAUGAUGGGCAAGGGCAAAGGCGGUGGCAAGGGCCCGGGCCAGGGCAAAGGCGGCUACGACUCGGACUCGGCACCUUCUGCAGACGAGGAGGUCGAGACCCAGGAGGAUGGAUACACCUGGAGCCAAAAAGGCGAAGAGGUUCAAGUUGCCAUCAAGCUGCCGCAGGCCACCACGAAGAAGGAGGUCAAGGUCGUCUUCAAGCAGACAGCAAUUUCUGUCCUUGCCAGUGGCAAGACGUUGCUGGACGGCACUCUGGGGGGCAAGGUGGAGACGGACGAGUGCACUUGGUGCCUGGUCAAUGGCGGCACCGAGCUUAACGUAAUGCUGACCAAGCAAAACGAGAAGGACAACUGGAAGGGCCUGCUGAAGCUCAAGCCGCUCUUGACCCGGGACGUCAUGGGGCGAGGUAGAUCUGACUCCCGCUCCCGCUCGGGAGGCCGCGAAGGUGAUGCGGAUCGAAUCCAAAGCAUGGUCGACGAAAGGCAGGCGGCCCGGCGCGACCGCGAUUUUGACAAGGCAGAUCGCAUGAGGGAGGAGCUCAAGGAUAUGGGUGUCAGAAUAGAUGACACGCAGCUGACCUGGAAUGCUCCUGGGGGCCUGAGGGGUGUCGUGAACAAUCCAGGUGGCAAGGGACCCAUCGAGCGGCGCGACGGCGACUGGACUUGUCCGAAUUGCGGCAAGCUGGUCUUUGCAGCUAAGGUUCGGCGGGCCGAGCCGAGGGAAGCUUGGGAGAUUCGUACGAUGCCAAUCCUCGCAAUCGAGCUUUUCUUUAAGUGUGUCUCGAGAAGCACCUUGAGAUGGCUUUACGAUACGUUACGCAUUGAGAUGGACGCGCAGCGCCCAGAGGAGGCCGCAGCCGUGAUGGCGGACGAGGGGGCCGUCGCCGCAGGCUGGUUGAACAUUGUGUUUUCUGUUCCACUGCAUAUGGUGGCCAGUGGUGUUGACGCUCACUUUGUAGCGGCAAAUACAGGGGAGCAUUUUGCACACUCCCUCGGGAUGACAGCCGAGACGGACGGCGUCGUCGCCGGGAUGAGGGCCGCGGGCGUCGACGCCGCACUGCAAUGUCCAAUUCCCCGCAAUGCCGUCAGUCAGCCGUGCCCGAAUGCCAUGACUCGGAAGGGCAAAGGCAAGGGCAAGCGUGCCCAUGCAGCUCGGCUGAACACGGAUCUGCUUUGGAUGUGCAAGCAGGCAGGCAACAAGCGAAAAGCGGAGGAGCCGGCCGAAGUGCAACAGAAGCUGACGACCCACAGUUUGUCUUCGCCAAGGCCUGAUGAGGCGAAGAAGCAGAAAGCGGUUGCCUUUUGCCUCCAAGCCUUAUGUGUAAGCAGGGACCGCAUCGACAGAAAAAAGCGCAGCUUCGACGGCACCACCCUGGAGAAGAGUUUUCACGAGCCGACCGCCGUUCGUAUGCGCUUCUUCAACUUUAACAUGGCCAACAUCGCGGCCCUGGACCCCUUCGUGGGCAUGUUUGCACAGUUUUUAGAGCAGCCUUUUAGCGACGGGGCACCAGUUGACCUGGCCUUCGUUGCUCUCACGGAGGCCCGCUUUAAGAUGCGGGGCUUCGUCGAAGAACAGCUGGAGGCUUGGCAUCGGAAGCCUCCAGCCUCUGGUCUGGACACCUUGGUGCACCGUGAUGCCCUCCGGAAGAAGACUACCUCGAUCUACAAUCCUUUCUCCUGGUGCAGGAAAAAGCUCGUUCAGCGUGUCGUUGGCAAUGUCAAGACAGUCCUUGGUUUUCGGCAGGAGCUCUUUCAAGUGGAGCAGGGGGAGACGCGCCUCGAUGGUGCUUUCACCCUGAACCCGGAGAAGGCCUUGCUGGGUUCGAGCAUCGUGCGCCGAGGCGAUGGGCUGAGGCUCUGUUUCUUCGGCACCCAUUUCCCCAUGCGACGGCUGCAGAUGGUGCUGACCAGCAGCUUGGAGGCUUCAGAAAAGCUGAUGGCCGCCAAGAUCGAGUAUGCUCGCGUGCUGCGGGAAGUUCUCUGCAAAGUCAUGGCCUGGGAGCUGACGAAGCACAACACGGUGAUUUUCGUUCAGGGCGACCUGAACAGCCGAACCGUCUUCGAUGACCACGAGUCAGGGGGGAGCCAGGCGAAGGAUGUCCUCCUCGAGGUGCUGAACGACGCCAGCCUCAUGGCAGCGAUCGCCAGCGACCUACGUCUUCCUCACGGGCGGUGGCACGAGGUCGUCCCGUUCAGUGGCGUUAACGAAAUGCCCGUCACGUACAAGGUUGAUCCUAAGAUGUGCAUCGCGAAGAAGGUCACCGUAGGUGACAUCCUGAACCGCGUGCAUGAUCCGGCGCAACCCGCGCCACAUUCCUCGAGGGGGGAUCCGUCGAGACAGCUUGCCAGUGUGCACAGGCGUGAGUUUGGCAACGAGUGGGGCCUCAAGAAGGACCCAGCGAAAGUGAAGCCGACCCACUUCCCUGCCUUCACUGAGCGGGUAAUUUACUGGGCCCCGGAUUCCCUGGCCUGUCAGAUGUCCUUCGUCCUGCCAGAUGGUGGCUACGAAACCGUGGGUCAUAUCGACGGCAGUGCCACUCGCCAGCAUCCCUAG